GGCUCGGCCUGUAUCGCCUUCCUGGUCGAACUUGAGGGCCGACCAGCCCAAGAAGCAUAUGGUAAUAUCCUACUGUGCACCGCCCAGUCGGUCACGUCUCGGGUCCCAUCCAGGUUUCCACCUGAUAAUGCGGAUACUUCCCAGUCUUCUGCUCCGGAAAACACCCCACCCCUACUUGAGGCUCACUCUCUGUUCAUCAAUUUUCUCGAUCGAGAUCUAAAUCCGAACUCAGCGAGAACGAAAAUGGAGACAAAACCAGUGGAAAUUGGCAGCUCAAAGAUGUUCGGAGGAUACAACAAGAGAUUCAAACAUUUCAGUCCCACUCUUGGCUGCUCUAUGACUUUCCACAUCUACUUCCCUCCUUCUCCUUCUUCUUCUCACAAAUUUCCUGUUCUGUACUGGCUUUCUGGCCUUACUUGCACAGACGAGAACUUUAUUAUCAAGUCAGGAGCUCAACGUACCGCUUCUGCUGAAGGGGUUGCUUUAGUUGCUCCAGAUACAUCUCCAAGGGGCCUCAAUGUGGAAGGAGAGGCAGACAGCUGGGAUUUUGGUGUAGGUGCUGGAUUUUAUCUCAAUGCUACCCAGGAGAAGUGGAAGAAUUGGCGUAUGUAUGACUAUGUUGUCAAGGAGUUGCCAACAGUUCUGAGUGAAAAUUUUCCACAGCUUGAUACAUCAAAGGCAUCAAUAUCCGGUCACUCUAUGGGUGGCCAUGGUGCUCUUACAAUAUAUCUGAAAAACCUUGAUAAAUAUAAGUCAGUUUCUGCCUUUGCACCAAUCUGCAAUCCUAUAAACUGUCCCUGGGGCCAGAAGGCUUUCACUAAUUAUCUAGGUGACAACAAAGGUGACUGGGAGGAAUAUGAUGCUGCUUCUCUGAUUUCCAAGUUCAAUGAUUUAGCUGCGACCAUUUUAAUUGAUCAGGGGGAGAAUGACACAUUCUUACACAAUCAGUUGCUGCCCCAGAAAUUUGAGGAAGCAUGCAGGAAGGUUAAUGUUCCACUUUUAAUGCGAUUGCAGCCUGGUUAUGACCAUUCC